UCCAGUCAAUACUGAUCUUAAAAAAUCCAAGUGGCGUGCUUGAAAAAUGCCUGGAUAUUUCCUGGCAUUUUUCUAUGCAGAAAAUGCAGGCUGACUUGCAGGUCAACACUGGUGUCUAUAACCAUCUCUCCCCCUGUGUUGGUACCAUCUCUCCCCCUGUGUUGGUGGAUGCUUUCUUCUUCUUUUUUUUUGUUGUGUCAUGGUCAUGAAUUCCAGUUGAUGUAGUAGGCUUCAUCUCCUCUCAUACGAUUCCUCAAAUUAAUUUGAGAACCUGAGCCAUGCUUUUCACAGCGGCAACCGCGUUGAUCUACGUGGAGAGGAGGAGUCUAGUAAAAGUAUUUCCAGACGGUGUAAAGAAAGUGUGGACUGAAUGGGAGCUACGGGUGCUAAUUCUCCUCAGCCUUACCUUGCAGGUGGUUUUAAUCCUAUUGGGCAACCGCCGGAAGUACAUUCCCAAGACUCGGAUCAGAGUCAUUCUGUGGUGUGCCUACUUACUCGCAGAUUGGACUGCCACCGUCGCACUUGGAGUCAUCUCUAAAGAUGCCCAACAAGAAUGCCCCAAAAAUGGGGCUAAUGACAAUUCAGAGCUGAUGGCGUUUUGGGCACCGUUUCUCUUGCUCCACCUUGGCGGUCCAGACACCAUUACUGCUUAUUCUCUGGAAGACAAUGAGCUUUGGUUAAGGCACUUUGUGGGCCUAAUGAUCCAGACCGGCGUGGCCUUCUAUAUCUUCCUCAUGGCCUUGCCUGGUUCAACUUGGCUUCCAAUUUUAAGCAUAGCCAUCUUUGGGGCUGGUCUCAUCAAAUACUGUGAACGGACAUGGGCACUCAUGUCAGCAAACCCCGAGCAUCUGAGGGACUCCAUGCUCACACGCCCUGAUCCGGGCCCCAAUUACGCCAAAUUCAUGGAGGAGUUCACUCUAAAGAAGGCCGAGGGGUUCCAUGUGGAGACUGAUCAGGUUAUUGAACUCCCAGUUCCGAACGAUCGUCCUUACCCCCCUGGCCAAGGCAAGCUCAUAUGUGAAGCUUACGAUCUGUUCCAGACAUUUAAGCGUCUCUUCAUGGAUCUCAUCCUCAGUUUCCAAGAUCAAGAUAGCAGCCGAGCCUAUUUCGAAAAUCUUUUGCCCAAAGAUGCCUUCCAUGUGGUUGAAGUUGAACUUGGCUUUGCUUAUGAUGUGCUAUACACCAAGGCACCGAUGGUGUAUACUAUUGGAGGCUGCAUACUUCGAUUGGUAAGUUUUUUUUCCACUUUCAUUGCGUUGGUGGCCUUUGUUUUACUAUCUGGGAAGCAUGCGUACCACAAGGUAGACCUUGUCAUCACCUAUCUAUUGCUGGUUGUGGCUGUUCUACUGGAAAUAUAUGCUUUUUACGUUAUGCUGGUCUCAGACUGGACAGAUCAUUGGUUGAGUAAACACGACAGAACUCGUGAUUCUCUAAUCAGCCCUUGUUUGAGACAGCGCAAAACAAAACAAUGGUGGUCCAACUUAAUGGCACAGUACAAUUUAUUAAGUGUUUGCUUUGAGGAGAAGCCGGCAGUUUGCUACAAAAUACAAAGGAUCCUUCAGAUCGAUGGAUUUCGAGAGAAGCACCGUUACAAGACGUAUAGCAAAGUCUCCCCGAAGUUGAAAGAUCUAAUCUUCAAACACUUUAAGCAGUUCAUAGUCAAAAAUAGUAAUUAUGAUCAUAGAGCUUUAUGUACUCACAAAGGUAGUUUUGCUCUAAGAGAGAAUGAGGAUGUUUUUAGAAAAAUUAGCUGGUCUAUCAGUGAAGAAUUCGACAAGAAUGUUCUUAUCUGGCACAUUGCCACGGAUCUCUGCUAUCACUUGGAUGUCCAUGAUAAUCCGGGUGCUGUUCCUUCCAAUUGCCGAGAAAGCAAAAACAUAUCGGACUAUAUGUUAUAUCUUCUAGUCAUGUGCCCAUAUAUGCUGCCCAUAGGAAUUGGACUGAUCAGGUUCCGAGACACUUGUGCAGAAGCAAAGGAAUUUUUCAAAGAAAGAAGUCCGACGAAAGUCGGAGUGGAUGCCUGCAGGAAGUUGCUUGAUGUUAAUACUGAAGUUCCACCAGAGAAAGUGAAGGGGGACAGGAGCAAAUCUGUGUUGUUUCAUGCGUGCUUGCUGGCCAAGGAAUUGCGGAAAUUGGAAAAGGAAAAGAGAUUGGACAAAUGGGAACUCAUAAACCGUGAAUGGGUGGAGAUGUUAGCUUAUGCUGCUACGCACUGCAGAGGGAAUCACCAUGCCCAGCAGCUCCGAAAAGGAGGAGAGCUUCUCACUCACGUCUGGCUUCUGAUGGCACAUCUAGGCAUCACUGAACAAUUCCAAAUAUCUCAAGGGCAUGCUAGGGCCAAGUUGAUUGUGAAGUAGGAGGAGUGUUACAACUACAUGUCAUUUAAUAAGUAUUCCUAAAGAAAGAUUUGAGUUUUCAGCUAAUUUCAGAGUCAUAACUAAACAACCUCUUUUAAAAUUUCUAUAAACUACUUUAUGCCAUGGAAGUGUUUA